AUGAAGGAAAAAUGCAAGAACGCGGCGAAGACACGAAGAGAGAAGGAGAACGGAGAGUUUUAUGAGCUGGCCAAGCUACUGCCUCUGCCGGCGGCCAUCACCUCCCAGCUGGACAAGGCCUCCAUCAUCCGGCUGACCAGCAGCUACCUCAAGAUGAGGGCGGUCUUCCCCGACGGUCUUGGUGAUGGAUGGGGUCAGUCAACAAGGUUCAGUCCUCUGGAUAGCAUGGCUAAAGAACUUGGUUCCCACCUUUUACAAACUCUGGAUGGUUUCGUGUUCGUUGUUGCCUCUGAUGGAAAAAUCAUGUACAUCUCUGAAACAGCAUCAGUCCACCUUGGCCUGUCCCAGGUGGAGCUAACAGGAAACAGUAUAUUUGAGUACAUUCACCCAUCAGACCAUGAUGAGAUGACAGCAGUGCUGAGUCUGGGUCGUCCUCCACACCAUCACUUCUCUCCAGAGUAUGAAAUAGAACGCUCCUUCUUCUUGAGGAUGAAGUGUGUUCUUGCUAAAAGAAAUGCAGGACUUACAUGUGGAGGAUAUAAGAUGAAGCCAGAGGAACCUUCGAGGAGUUUAUCCAGGGUGCUGAGGUACUCCCUACUGUGGCAGGAGAGAUGA